AUGUCUUUUUUCGGAAUCGCUUUGCUUUUCCAAACAUACAUAGGACAAUCUCAACAGGCAUUUCUCGAGGAAGCUAAGGAUUUGCUGUUACGAGGCAUUCCACUGGACGGGAUCGGAGUUCAAGGCCACUUCACUGGUCACGUGAAUCCAACGCUACUCCAGUAUCGUUUGAAAAUGCUCAGCGACAUCAAGAUUCCUCUUUGGCUGACGGAAGUCGAUGUUCUUGAGCAGGACCUCGUGAAACGAGCAGAUAACCUUGAAACUGUCAUGCGAUCUGCAUUCAGCACUCCAAGCGUACAAGGACUGAUUCUGUGGAGUUUCUGGAACUAUAGUUCUUGGCGAGGACCCUACACUUCUCUUGUUGAUGGUAACGAUUGGGAGAUUAAUUCCGCUGGUCUACGUUAUCGCAGCCUUUUGAAGCAGUGGACUACGCAUGUCACAUUAACACCGUCCUUCGUUAUCCAAUCCGACGCCUAUUUUGACGUACGUGGUUUCUAUGGAGACUAUGACGUGAUUCUACAGCUGCCUAACGGCAUAAACAGCACGCACUCCUUUACAUUAGAUCCAGGAAAUGGCCCACUUAACAUUGAAAUCAAUUUGCCAGGUUCUCCUACCGUCACGGAAAACAGUCAGUUUGCCGCUCCCAAACGCCCGAAAAUUCCACCAUUAAAGGCAAAAACGCCAAAAGUUCUACUCGGUGAAAUGCAGCAAGAUGCUGAAGAUGACGGGCAAGACACCGACAAUGAGUUUCCAGAAUCCGACGAAAUGAAUCAAACCGGAUUUUCAGAUUCUUUUACGUCUUCAAGUGGGACGUUUGUCGGUUGUUAUGACAAUACAAACCCACUCAGGCAGCUCAAGUAUAGAUAUGAAGGACACCCCGCCAUGACACCGGAUAUUUGUGUUGACCAUUGCGCCUCCAAAAGCUUCUCCUUUGCUGGUCUACUGAUGGCGUCUGAAUGUUUUUGUGGAGCUUACUUUAAUGACGAUUCGAAGGUCAAGGACGAGGAGUGCAAGCUACCAUGUCAAGGAGAUCGUCAACGAAGUUGCGGUGGACAGAAAUAUAUUGCCAUUUAUUCCACAGCUUGAAUUAGUUGGGAAAUCAAGUAAUGACAAAAGAAAAUAGGAACAAUUUCACGCGUGUUUUGUCAGAAUUCUAAAAACUUUCCAAGCUUUUAGGCGAGUGAAAUUAUCAGAAUUCUGACAAAACGCAAUUGCAAGUGAAAUUAUUUCUUAAUUUCACACGCACCAUUUGAAUACUUGUUUAUUGUAUCGA